GCACAGGGACAGGCCGCUUUCUCACCAAGGCAGAAUUCGGGCCACGGCGGCGCGCUCGACGUGGCGCGCGCGCGCCCCCUCCCCUCCUCCUUUAGUCCCGUCAGCCUGCGCGCGCCCGGGAGUUUGAAUUUCCUCGAAUUUGGAGCAAUCUCGUAGCGGAAGGUGCUGCGGCGUGAGGUCGCCGCCAAUCUCGACUAGGGGAACUAGGGAGCAGGUAGCUGAAACACUCAGUGAAUCAGAAUCAACGAGGAUGGCGGGGAGAAGGAAGGGGCUGGGCUCUGGGCGGUGCCAAGUCUGUGAGGGGGCGCGGUCACCGCCCAGGAUUCCCGCAGACGCCUAGGCGGCCACGUCCUGCUUCCCGGGUGAAGAAGCCGCCCGGGACUUGUCGUGCUAGGGCCUCCAGACAUGUCUGAGGUGAAGAGCCGGAAGAAGUCGGGGCCCAAGGGAGCCCCUGCUACGGAGCCCGGGAAGCGGAGCGAGGACUGUAAGAGCCCCGAGGCCCCGGGCGGCGGAGGCGGGGGCUGGGCGGACCCCCGGACGGGCCUGAGUCUGCUGUCGCUGGGGACUUGCCUGGGCCUAGCCUGGUUUGUAUUUCAGCAGUCAGAAAAAUUUGCAAAGGUGGAAAACCAAUAUCAGUUACUGAAAUUAGAAGCCAAUGAAUUCCAAGGACUUCAAAGUAAAAUCAGUUUAAUUUCAGAAAAGCUUGAGACUGCCGAAAACAUCCUGCAGGAAGCUACGUCAUCCAUGUCUUUGAUGACCCAGUUUGAGCAGGAAGUAUCCAACCUCCAAGAUAUCAUGCAUGACAUUCAAAAUAAUGAAGAGGUGCUUACUCAAAAGAUGCAAAGCCUAAAUGAGAAAUUUCAGAAUAUUACGGAUUUCUGGAAGAGAAGCCUAGAAGAAAUGAAUGCUAAUACAGACAUUUUCAAAUCAGAAGCAAAACAUACACAUUCUCAAGUAACUGUCCAAAUUAACUCAGCUGAGCAGGAAAUAAAAUUACUCACUGAACGGCUAAAAGAUUUGGAAGACAGCACACUAAGAAAUAUUAGAACAGUAAAAAGACAAGAAGAAGAAGAUCUCCUGCGAGUAGAGGAGCAGCUAGGCUCUGAUACAAAGGCAGUUGAAAAGUUAGAAGAGGAACAGCAUGCCCUCUUUGCCAGAGAUGAAGAUCUGACUAAUAAACUCUCCGACUAUGAACCCAAAGUUGAAGAAUGCAAGACACAUUUGCCAACAAUUGAAAGUGCUAUUCACUCGGUUCUCAGAGUCUCUCAGGAUCUGAUAGGAACAGAAAAGAAAAUGGAAGACUUGACUAUGCAGAUGUUUAAUAUGGAAGAUGAUAUGCUGAAAGCAGUGUCUGAAAUAAUGGAGAUGCAGAAAACCCUUGAAGGAAUUCAGUAUGAUAAUAGCAUAUUAAAGAUGCAAAAUGAACUGGAUGUUCUAAAAGAAAGAGUUCACGAUUUUAUAGCAUACUCAAGUACGGGAGAAAAGGGAACUUUAAAAGAAUAUAAUCUAGAAAAUAAAGGAAUUGGUGGUGAUUUUUAAAUUCAUUUAUUCUGAUGAACCAUAUCAUUAUACAUGAAUUGAUUAGUUCCAUGAUUUUGAGUUAUUUUGAUAUGCCUCAUCUUAUCCUACAUUAUUGGAAAAUAAACAAGAUGUCCACACAAAUGGAUUAUCUACAUAAUCGAAGCUUAUCUUUUUAAGCACUAAAACUUAUUUCAUUUUAACCAUUUUAAACAGAAAUUGUUCUUUACAAAUAUUUCUCUACUUUUAAAACAAGAUACUUAAUAUUUUUAAUGUUUUUUAAAGAAUUAGUGGACAUCAUUAUUAAUUUCACCUAUUAUAUUGGACCCACAUAUAUUGAUGUCUCCAAGGGUUAAUGGGGAUUAUUUACUGCUUCAUUAAAUGACCCCAACUUGCCAUUUUUCAAAACCUAUGUCUCACACCUUUUCUGUCACCUGAUCUUGCUGUCAGGUUAGUUGGUAAUCUGCCUGCCUCAGCCAGUUCUUCACUUUCUUAUGUAAUUCACUGCAGGUUAAGAAUCCAGACAACGAAGUUCAUAGGAAUUUUGUGUAAAAUAAAAGAUAACAUGCCUGA